CAGCGCAGCUGCCUCUGACGUAUUGGUGCCAUUCGUCGGAUUAGCUCACUCACGACGCAGAAAAACUCAUCAUUUGUGCACGCCAUCAACUUGCGGAGCGCUGCUUGGCCAGAUCAUCCACGUACCAAGGCAGCUUGCACAGCCAUGCCUUGCACAGCAAUGCGAGCCAUGCGAUGCGUUCUAAGCAUCGGUGCAUGCAAAGCACUCGUCGUGCCGCGCCGCACGCGCACGCCAUCGACGAUGCGCCGCAUCAGUCCAUCGAUGCGCGCGCCAUGGCUGAAAUUCGCGGCCGCGCCGGGAGCGCUGGCGCCGCGAGCGUUGCAGAAUGGUCGCGAUCCGCGGACGCUCGGCGAGGCGUGGCGCUGGUGCCGGUCGUAUCGCUUUCCGGAAGACGUCUGUGAAUAUGCAGGGGCAGCGGGUGCUGCGCUCGAUCCGUCGGCCGCGGCGGUCGCGGUCUAUGGCUGUGCACAGAUGGUCUUCGCAUAUCGCGCGUUUCGGCGGGCGCGCGCGAGCGACGAGCCGGGCCGCGAGGCCGCGCUGGGGCGCGGCUUCCUCUUGAUUUUUCUGUGGCACGCGUCGCACUUUCUUGCUCACGAGUUUAAGAAGCCGUGGGCCUGGUUUGGUUCGCACUACUUCUAUAUCUUCGGCUUCUUCCAGCUAGCCCGCGCGCUGAACUCGACGCGGGCGGGGGCUCGGCGCCUCGGCGCCUACCUCGUGGGCGACGGGCUCUUGACGGCGUGGGGCGGCGACUACGUUGGACUCGUGUCGGGCGUCACGUACGGCGCGCACGCGAUCCGCGGCUGCCAGACGGGCGACGCGAAGACGGACCGGUCCGUGCGGCGGUUGAUUCUAGGACUAUCAAUUGCGGCAGCUUCGCUCUUCGGCGCCGUCGAGAUCAUGUUUUGCCACCGCCUCGGGAAGCUCGGCGCCGUCGGCUUCGGGUCGGCGCACCUGGCCGUGGAGCUGUUUGUGGUCGGCGCGUCGAUCACGUUUUCGCGGGCGCUGGAGAACGUCGUUCAGGGAUCCGGACCCAGCGAACUCGCUGGGGCCUAGUAUAAUUUGUAUCGUAUAAA